AUGGUCGGCAAAAGGGAGGCGGCGCCGAAUGCGCCACCACCUUCUCAGGCAUCCCAGUCAGAGCAGCAGCGACAGAAGAAACACCAGCAGCUGCUGCAGCGGCAGUGGGAGCAACAACAACAUCGUCAACAGCAACAUCGGCAACAGCAGCAGCGGCAUCAUCUGCCACAACGGCAGCAUCCGCCGCUGCCGCAGCAUCCGCCGCAGCAGCAGCAUCAGCCACCACCACAGCAGCUGCAGCAGCAGCCGCAUCCACAGCAGCAGCACCAGGAUCUGCUCGCGUUUCAACCCUUCUCUUUCCUUAUAGAGGUCUCGUUCUGGCGUUUGCUGUCUGAGCGGAAACUGAAGGAAUGGAGGCUGAACACUCCGUGGGUGCCCCUUAUCGCUACGUACAGCUGCACAGCAGCGAAGCCGCUACAACAGCAGCAGCAUAAUCUGCAACACGUGCAGCAAGGAGGGCAUCAUGCUGCUGGUCCUUGCAGGGUGCGCAUUGACGCGGAAGCACUGGAUAUCGUGCAUCACCUUCUGCGGGAGCAGCAGCAGGAGCAAGUGGAACAGCAAUUUGAGCAGCAGCAGCAUCACCAGCAACCACUGGGGCAAGAACAGGAGGAGGAGCAGCAGCUGCUGCUGCUCCAGGAAUGGCUGGACGGGGGCGAUGGCUCCUCGCCUUUGCCAUCUCCUGAAGCUGCUGAGGCGGAAGCUGCAGCAGCAGCUGCUGCAGGCGCAGCAGCAGGGGCACCCCCUCCCCCUGGAGCAGCAGCAGCAGGGACCUCUAGGCGUUCCGCGUUGAUGUCUCUACCCCCAUUUGCUGCGCGGUGCCUUAAGAGUGGCACUCGACCCCUUGUGGGGCUUCUGCGUGUUUACAACAACAUGGAGGAUCUCGUUGCUGCAGUGCGCAGCAGAGCUGCUGCGCAGCGCUGCCUGCUGCGGCUAGAGGAGUCUAUCUGUUGCUGUAGCAGGUGCAGCCGCAACCGCCAGCAGCACGAGCACCAGCAGCAAAACCAACAGGAGGCUCAGCAUGAGCUUCAGCAAGAGUUAGAUCUUGAGCAGCAGCAGCAAGUCAUGCACCUACCUGUCAACGACCCCGCGCUGUGGACGCUGCGUCUAUGCUGCCGUGACCAGCAACAGCAGCAGCAGCAGCAGGACACUGAUUCUUGCACAGCACCAUCAUCUCCCUUCGCAUGGGCAGUGGAAGGGUUUGCUUCCCCAGGCACGGCAGCAGCAGCAGGCGCAGCAGACGCGGACGGGGACUCAACAGAGGUCGCAGCUGAAGCCGCUGGAGCAGCAGCAGGAGCUGUCUCUGGCUCAACGGAGGAGGGAGAAGUCUGCGCCUGCCGCGUGGUGUACGGACAGUUACCAGCGACUGCUUGGCCAUGCCGGUUUGUUUUGGAGUCAUUUAUAGAUCUCAAGAGACAGCGCGCUGUCUACUCUAUUUGCACACCAGCCUUGAGGCCGGCAGCAGACAUACGGCAACUGCAGCAGCCGGUCCGGGCAGCGCCCCCCGUCACGCUUAGGGAACUUGUCGCGGAUUUGGAGUCUAAUAUGCGCGAUGACCGUUCCCAGCAGCAGCAGCAGCAGCACUUGCAAAGGGAGGCAUUUACUGCUGCGGAGCUUUCAGCAAUUUCGCGGAGGAUUCGUUCUCUGGACAGCAACACCUCCCCUUUUCUCGCAGGGGGAUGCUUCCUUCUUCUCAAAGACAGCAGCAGCAACCGCAACAGCAGCAGCAACGGCAACAGCAAAGGCGCGGGUGGCAAAAUGAAAAGCAACACAGGCAUUAGCGGCUGCUGCAGCGCAGGUGUCGCCUCUGAAUCGCUUCAGCUGCUGCCUCUGGAGCAGCUUGAAAAGCUGCGACACCUCUUACCAGCUUCACAACAGGAGCACCAGAGGGAGCAGCAGCACGAAGAGCAAGAGCUGUACUUAUGCGUAAUGGACCCGUCGUCAAACCCUGGAGCAUUGGGGUGGCCUCUGCGGUGUCUGCUGCCGGCGCUGAGUGAAGGUUUCGAGCUGUUCGGCCGACGCCUCAAUGUUUUGUCUUUCAGGGACUGGCUGCUCGACCUGCGGGUGGAGAGUGCCGCUGCUGCAGCAGCUGCAGCAGAAGCCACCGCAGCUACUGCUGCCCACGAGGCAGCGGAGGCCGCCGCAAAUGCUGCGGCACACUCGUCACCAGAAAAUGCUGUGGCAGCUCCACAAGCUGCAGCAAAUGCUGCUGCGGCAGCGAGGAGGGCAGCAGCAACUGCAGCGGCGGCUGCGGCUGCGUGGGGUCAGGUAGUGGAGCCUCUCUCGCGCAUUUUUGUUGUGCGUCUGCCAACGGCAGCAGAACUUUUGGGGGCCUUCACGCCUGCGCCUGCAGCAGUACCAACAGAAGCGCCAGCAGCAGCAGCAGCACCAGCACCAGCAACACCGACACCGGCAACCCCUCCGGAAAGUGGAGCAGCAGCAUUACCACCACGCAAGGCAUCCAUGGUGCUCGGGCGGCUGAAGCGCGUAGUACCGGGGGGUGUUCCUGGGCAUUCUUCAAAGAUAGAGCAUCUUUUUCAUGUCGAUUUGGGGCGUUUUCUUGACCCACGAGUGGAGAGUGCUGCCGUCCUUCGUCCCCGAGUCUCUGCAGUCACUGCGGGUUUUGGCAAUUGGCGCGGGCACCUUAGGCUGCGGAGUAGCGAGGCUGCUGGCCUCUUGGGGUGUCAGGGAGGCUUGGGACGCCUGAAGGCCGAGGCUGCGCGCGACGGUAUUCUCGCAGUCAGGCCCAGCAUGGAGUGCAACGCGGUCGUCCUCGACGUCCCCAUGCCUGGUCACCCCCGUUUCCUCCUAGGAGAUCUUCUGGAGAAGGGAACGGCCACUUUAGAGCGGCUUAUUGACUCGCACAAUGUUGUGCUACUUCUAACUGACAGCAGGGAGUCGCGCUGGCUGCCCUCGCUCAUUGUUGCGGAAAGACAAAAUCGAUAUGCUGCGGGAUUGCUUCGUGGCAGCCUGGGCCCUCCUUUGGCUGUGACGGUGGCCCUUGGAUUUGACUCGAUGCUGGUAAUGCGCCACGGCUUUGGAGGCAACAAACUCGGCUGCUACUUUUGCCACGCCGUCAAUGGCCCCGCAGAUUCCAUUUCUCACAGGACAUUAGAUGAGCAGUGCACAGUGACUCGGCCAGGUGUUGGGGCUCUGGCCUGUUCUGUAGCCGUGGAGCUCCUUGCUGCUCUGACGCAACAUCCCCAGGGCUUUGCUGCGCCCCACACUGAGACUGAUCCGCUAGCAGGAGGGAGUGCUGCCGCUGCCGCCGGUUUGCAACGGCAAAAGCAGGGAGGCUUUUCUUGUUUGGGCGCCACACCACAUAUGAUCAGAGCCAACUUCGCAGACUUUAGUUUGAUGAAGGAGCACCAGCCGCAGUGCCCGACUUGCUCGUGCUGCUCUCCAGGUAUAGUGUCUGCCUAUCGAUCCCAGGGCCUGAGCUUCCUGCGGGAAGCCACGAGUUGCGCCUCGCGGUUGGAAGAGUAUUCAGGCCUAGCUGCCUUCAAGAAGGGCCUGCAGCAGCGAGCCCUCGAAGUGAUUAAUCUUUCAGACUCGGAAUAA